GAGGGCGGCACCCAUUCACUAGCUUCAGCGGGCACUGUAAACGCAGCCUCUGGUACCACAGUUGGUCUUCUUUCAUCAGACUCCAUUACGCAGCGCUCUAGUUCGAUUGCUGAUAAUGGGCUUGUAGUUGGCCUUAACGCUACAUCCUCAGCUUCUUCCUCUCCUCCUUCGGCUGCAUCUUUAUCUUCUUCAUCGUCGUCCUCAUCUUCCUCUUCUUCUUCUCCAACAAAGUCGCUGAUGCCGGUAUCUGGGCUAGCGGGUGCCGUUAAUCCUGAGCAGGCGCGCCGCAGUAUUGACACCUAUUUUCGUCUAAUACAAGUUGUCAUCUUUACGCGCUCCCAGAGCACCCGCGACUCUCCUGAUUUUCCAAAUUAUUUGGAAGAGGUACUCGUCAACAACGCCAAAGAUCUUAUUACAAGCGGAAAGCAACUUUUUGAUAGAAUUAAUACUGUACUACUUGCCACUUCCCGUGGUGCCAACUGUCGUCACGCUUGUGCUUCAGUAUACAGCCUAGUCACUAUGGCGACUGAGACGCCUGAGGAUGCACUAUCGUAUGCCAGAGCUAUGCUGGCCUGUGUGCCACGUGUAUCAUCGCCCGGCGCACAGCCUCAUUCCUUGGCAUGCGGGACUGCCCUCGGAUCUUCUGUUAUUGGAGGGAAAGAAAAAAAGAUAAAUUCAAACAGCCCUGCUGCUACUGAUACUGCUGUGUCUUUAGCCCCUACGAAUGCCCCUUUAUCUUCUUUCUACUCAAGCUUAUCGAACCAGCAGACUCAGCCGGUUUCUAUGAUUGACUCGGAGUUAUCACAUCGAGUUCAGGGCUUAUGUAUGGGUGCUGCAUAUAUACUUGAAUCGCUAUUCACUCGACAUGUUAGUGCUCGUAUGGCCACUACCUUUUCAGUAAACUCUACUGGCUCGGAUCACACUGGAUCAGGUGCCACAACAACAACUGCGAUUGCGUCAUCCUCUGCUGGCGCUAAUGUUUCACCUGCUGCUGUUUCCUCUUCUUCACUAGGAACUACUGGAAAACGAGGCAAAAAAAAUAGAAAUCGCGACCUGACGGUCAAAGAUCAAACUAUUUCUACGUCUAGUGCAUCAAACUCAGCUUCAGCCAAUGAUGGGAAAUACGAAUCUGGACAACUGGGGUUGGCUGAUGAGAUUGGUGUAGAUACGAAGGUCUUAAAGUCAGGAGAGAAAAUACCCGAUGUAAUGCCGACUGCUGCUGCUGAUGUAUCAGUCACAAGGUUACAGCGAGAUAUCUUAGCAACCAUUGAUUGGGCAGUCAGUAUCAUUGCUUUUUUUUAUCUUCAGAUGAUUUUCUCGUCAAGCCGAUUUCUCUCGUUGACUCGAUUUCUUCGGAAGCGACCGGCUCAACCGGCAGCUCCAACAAUACUGGAUUAA